AUGAAGGCUUCCGUUGUUUCCGCAAUCCUCUUGGCAUGCUGUACACUUUCUUCCGCGGCUAUAAUACCGGGAGAAAGAAGAUAUCGGUCAAGAAAGGAAGGAAAUGCAAAGCACAUCAAGCAAUCUUCUAAUACCGGACUUCGUAUGUAUGACAGCGAGAGCACAGAAAACGAGUUGUCUGGUUCAAUCUCAGAUGUUUUGAUACACUCUGAAGAAAACAACCAAAACCAAAAUACCAUCUCAAAAUUAAGAAAGAGAGCAGCAGACUCUCCUCUCGAAUCGUUCUUGCUCAGUAUUUCCAUGAUUGCUGUGAGCGAGAUCGGAGAUAAGACAUUUCUUGUUGCCACUAUUAUGGCCAUGAGAUAUCCCAGGGCACUUGUGUUUUCAUCAUCUUUUGCAGCUUUGGGCUUGAUGACGGCUCUAUCCGGACUUUUGGGUCACACACUCCCAACUUUGUUGUCUACCAGGGUGACGAGAUUCUUGGCAGCAUUUCUUUUCCUCGUGUUUGGAACAAAAUUGUUGCGUGAAUGCCUUGCAACAAGCAAAGGUCAAGGUGUUGAAAACGAGAUGAACGAGGUCGAGGAAGAGAUCUCGGCUAAGGCUAUCAACACAAGAUCCGAGAAAACUGAAGGUGGGUCAAAGUUGGAGAAGAUAAGUGAGAACUCUGGGAGUAAACUUUCCAGGUUUGGAAAGAAAGCAUUGAAGCUUUGCCAUAAUUUCUUCUCACCAACUUGGAUCGAAAUCUUCGUCAUGACUUUCUUGGGAGAGUGGGGUGACAGAUCCCAGAUUGCUACCAUUGCAUUGGCUGCUGGUUCCGACUACUUCAUGGUGAUAAUAGGAGGAAUUCUUGGCCAUGCUGCUUGCUCUGGAAUUGCUGUUGUGGGUGGAAAGUAUCUUGCCUCAAAGAUAUCUGUCAGAACCAUUCUUAUGGGCGGUACCAUCGCAUUCUACAUCUUCUCUUUGACCUACUUUUACUCGGCAUACUAUUUCAACGAGGAGGCCGAAGUCGAGUCUGCCAAAAAAAUGAUCGGUGAAGAAUAG